AAUUCGAAAUUGAUUUUCCCGCUAGAAGCUGUUCAACCGCCAUGCGCAGUGGAUCGAUCUCGUUGUUCGGAAUAUUCAAGAUGGCCGACCGAUACGGUUGUUUAUUUGAGCUCAGUGUUCCGAUAUCUUUUAUAAACUUUUAACAGGAAUGUCCUGUGGAUAGCGGUGAACUUGAGAGCAUUUAGUUAGAGGGAGCAUCUUGGACCUCUACAGAUUAGUAGGAUAACAAACGAUGCAUCGGAGAGGCGGCAAACGUAUUCGGAUGGACGAUCCCGUCCCUCCAGAAUUUGAGGCACCGAUGACACCAAUGACUCCGAUGAAUGAUAAUUCAGGCGGAGACUUACAAGAUACAUACCCUGGUUAUACUUCAUAUAACCAAGCUCCACCGACACCUGUGCAGAAUCCAACGCCAGAGCAUUAUUCCUCAGAAAGUUAUAGUUCUCCAGGAACUUCGCAACAACAGUAUCAAGAGCAGUCUAAUACUUUUGAAAGUCCAAUUCUUUUUGAACAGCCAAUGACCCCUGCUACUCCUGUUAAUAUGAGAAUAACGAGGAAUACAAGAGCAAGGUUACGAGGAGGUACCGUACAACAACCAAAGUACAAGGAAGUAGAUACAGACUUUGUCCCUUUGACCACUGCAAGAGGACGUGGAACUGGUGGGCGAGGUCGUGGUAAACGUGCUCUACAUCCUCACAGCUUGGAAGAUGAGGCGAGCCUUUAUUAUAUCAUCAGAAACAAUCGCUCCACUCUUACAACAAUAGUGGAUGAUUGGAUAGAAAAGUACAAAAGCAACAGAGAUAAUGCUCUGUUGAUGUUAAUGCAGUUUUUUAUUAAUGCAAGUGGUUGUAAAGGACGUAUCACAGCAGAAAUGCAAACAACCAUGGAGCAUGUUACCAUCAUUCGUAAAAUGACAGAAGAAUUUGAUGAGGAAAGUGGCGAAUAUCCGUUGAUAAUGACGGGGCAACAAUGGAAAAAGUUUCGCGCUAAUUUUUGUGAAUUUGUUCAAAUUUUGGUACGCCAGUGUCAGUAUUCAAUUAUAUAUGAUCAGUUUUUAAUGGACAAUGUGAUUUCCUUACUAACUGGACUGUCAGAUUCUCAAGUCAGAGCAUUUCGACACACUGCAACAUUAGCCGCGAUGAAGCUAAUGACAGCUUUGGUAGACGUUGCACUUACGGUGUCCAUAAAUUUGGAUAAUACUCAACGCCAGUAUGAAGCGGAAAGACAAAAAGCAAGAGAGAAAAGGGCAGCUGAUAGGCUGGAGUCCUUAAUGUCAAAGCGAAAGGAACUCGAGGAAAAUAUGGAUGAGAUUAAAAAUAUGCUAACAUACAUGUUUAAAUCUGUCUUUGUUCAUCGGUACCGAGACACUUUGCCAGAAAUACGUGCAAUCUGUAUGGCAGAAAUCGGUGUGUGGAUGAAAAAAUUCCACCAGAAUUUUCUGGAUGAUUCUUAUUUAAAAUAUAUAGGCUGGACUCUUCACGAUAAAGUCGGUGAAGUACGAUUAAAGUGUCUUCAAGCACUGCAGCCUUUAUAUGCCUCUGAAGAAUUAAAGACCAAGCUAGAACUCUUUACCAGUAAAUUUAAGGACAGAAUUGUUAUUAUGACCCUUGAUAAGGAAUAUGAUGUAGCGGUGCAGGCUGUUAAACUUGUUAUAUCUAUUUUGAAACAUCAUCGAGAGAUUCUUACUGACAAGGAUUGCGAGCACGUCUACGAGCUUGUGUAUUCAUCACAUCGAGCUGUAGCACAAGCGGCUGGAGAAUUUCUUAACGAACGUCUCUUCAGGCCCGAUGAAGAGGCUGUGGCUGGUGUAAAAACAAAACGAGGAAAGAAAAGAUUACCAAAUACGCCUUUGAUACGAGAUUUGGUACUUUUCUUCAUUGAGAGCGAACUCCAUGAACACGGUGCCUACCUAGUCGAUUCAUUGAUCGAGACCAAUCAAAUGAUGAAGGAUUGGGAAUGUAUGACCGAUCUUUUACUCGAAGAAGCAGGACCGGAAGAAGAAGCCUUGGAUAAUCAGAAAGAAACAUCGCUUAUUGAAUUAAUGGUCUGCUGUAUAAAACAGGCAGCUACAGGAGAAGCUCCUGUAGGAAGAGGACCAACUCGUAAAAUAUUAUCAGUGAAAGAGCAAAAGCAAGUUCUGGAUGACAAACAAAAACUUACAGAGCAUUUUAUUCAAACACUCCCUUUACUUUUGGAUAAGUAUAGGGCCGAUCCAGAAAAGUUAUCCAACUUACUCGCAAUACCACAGUACUUUGAUCUGGACAUUUAUACGAAGUCUAGACAGGAACAAAAUUUGGAUUCGUUGCUAAGCAAAAUUCAAACAAUAGUAGAAAAAAUGCAGGAUACAGAAGUUCUUGAUACAGCCGCAAAAACGUUAGAGCACAUGUGUGUUGAAGGAAAUGCCAUCUUCACCAGAUGUGACGUGGCACGUUCUACCCUCAUCGACAGUAUUGUUAACAAAUAUAAAGAAGCUAUCAAUGAGUACAGGACCCUUAUCGAAGGUGAAGAAGAGCCCGAUGAAGAUGAAACGUUUAACGUCAGACAAUCAUUAAAGAAAGUUGCUAUAUUCUAUAGCUGUCACAACAUGAAUCCAUGGAAUAUCUGGGACUCCCUGUACAAAGACAUCGAGGAUGCCAAAGAUCCAUCUCGACGAUUUCCACACGAAGCUGUUAAGCAUUGCAUAAGUGCCUGCUUUUUUGCAAUUCUCUGGGGCCAAAAUCAUUUGAUGGAAUCGGUAGAUACUGGAAGCAGGGGCGAAGACGAGUGUCGACAACUAAAGGAACGUCUGCAUACUUUUAUGGGCUCCAUGAGAAAUUUCGUUGGCGAUGACGGCAUGUCGGAUCAUCACACGGCACCGAUGUUGCGAGAAGAAGCAUAUAAUACUAUCUGCGACUUACUGGUAGUAUUUUGUAAUCAGCUGACUUCGCAGCCCAACCCUUUAUUGCAUCAAUUAGUCUACGAACCGGAUCAGGCUAUGCAGAAUAUGCUGAACCGAUUCAUACAAGAUUACGUCUUCGUUGAAGAUAAAGAUGAUGAUCGAGACGAGCACUCAAAAAUCGAGGAUCUGCACAAAAAGAGGAACUUCUUAGCCGGUUAUUGUAAAUUGAUCGUUUACAAUAUGAUCCCGACUAAGGCUGCCGCUGACGUGUUUAAACAUUACGUAAAGUAUUACAACGACUAUGGGGAUAUUAUCAAGACUACCUUAGGCAAAGCCAGGGAUAUCAAUAAAACGAAUUGUGCGCUGACGAUGCAGCACAGCUUGAACAUACUUUACAACGAGAUCGUAGCGGAGAAGGGUCGAGUCAAUAGAAACAGCGAAGAAUUCACGGCAAUUAAGGAGCUGGCAAAGCGAUUUGCAUUGUCUUUCGGAUUGGACGCUGUUAAAAAUCGCGAAGCGAUUGCUGCGCUGCACAGAGCGGGAGUAUUGUUCGCCAUAACGCCGCCGGACGGUGUCGAACUCGAUCCUGCAGGACCACCUCCGAAUCUUCCCUUUCUAGAGAUUCUAUCCGAAUUCACGAACAAACUCUUGAAACAAGACAAACGCGUGGUGUUGAAUUUUUUGGACAGGCGGCUACAGGCUGGCAUGCCGUCGUCACGAGGUGAGGACUGGCAACCUCUCCUCUUGUAUAGAAACAGCUUGUUGCACGGAGAGACCGACCAAGUUCCUGUAACCAGUAAACGCGCCUAUACAAGACGAAAGAAGGACCAAUUGACCGAAGAGGAAGAGGCGGACGACGGAGAAGAGGGUUCAGAUCAUGAAUACAUGGGGAAGCUCAAGAAGAAACGCGGCCCUAGGAAGAAACCAUUAACGAUCACCACGUUCUCAAUACCGAAGGGUAAUAGGGCUGUCAACAAUUCCUAUGAAAGCAGCGAGUUAAUAAACGUAUCGAGGGAAGAUAACUUCAUCGAAGAUGCUUCCGCGAGUCCUACUCAAGAUAUAGAAAGUAAACUGAAGACUUUGCAAAUCCAGUCAAGAAUUCUUGCUUCCAGGAGGAGAACGCACGAUAAUGCCGAGCCAAGAGAAUUGCGACGAACGGCAAGAAAUUCAGGACGAUACGUGGAAGGGCAAUACAUGGAAUCCGACUCGGAGUAGGAAGAAGACUCAAAAUUGACGAAUGACAUCGCGUUGACUGAACAAUUGAAAGGUUCUCCGACUUUAACGAAUUCAAAACGAGGAACAAGGUUCGC